AGAGAAAGGGAAGAGAAUAGCACAGCUUUAUUUCCUUUUAAUUUCUAGUUCUACUCAAGCUUGAAUUCCUUUUCUAUUAUGCCUAACCACUUAUUGUGUAGUCUACUGGAGGAGAGAGAGAAACAUACACACACACACACAAACACACAGUGAGCUGGAAGCAGCUGUCUGACAACCAUUAGCAUAAUGUUUUUGUGUUUUUGGAGGGGCUGUGAGAAGGCUCAGGGAGCAUACAAAACAAACGCUGCAACCACAAUUGCCUGGAAGAACGUUAGAACUCAAAAACAAACAAGCAGCGGAGCACCUGUGUCUCUUUGAGUUGUUGCUUAGAGGGGGGUACCUCCAGCACCAGAAACAGGAACUAAAGCUCCAUUCCUAACAGCUGAAUAGGUGAGCUGUACCCAGGGGUUGCCAGUGUACCAGGCCGGCCUGUUUUGGGUGGCAGGAUGCCUGGGGUGGAGAGUGGCUCAGGUGGUCUGGCUGAUGACAAGGUGGUCCUGGAGACCCUGAAGUGUUUCUGCAGCUCAUCAGAACAGACCUACGACCAGUUCCUGUCCUCCUUCACACACCUGACUCCAGGGAGUGCUGGGAGGGGACACACGACUCUGCCCUCUGGACCCAGUCAUCUCUCUAGGGAGAUGGAGAGAUCAGGGGAGUUGAGGAGGAAUGGAGAAGAGGAUGCAGCAGAAGAGAGGAGAGGACAGCAGAGUGUCUGUGUCCUGCCUGCUGAUCAGGAGGAGGUGGAGCUAGGUGCUGGAGUGACUGUGGGCAGCUGUGGAAAUGGAGACUGUCGUCCACCAGGCAUAACUCUCAAGCUGGAUAACUACCUGGAUGUUGGGGACUUCAGUGAGGAGGAAGGAGAUGUAACUGCUGACCCAGAUGGUGGGGUUCGGGUUCUACCAGGGGAGGUGGAGGAGGAACUCCCUGCCUACCUGCCCUCUUUCUGUCAUCUGACCCAGCUGGACCUGACCUCCACAGGCAGGACGACGGGGACACGGCCGGGGACACGAGGACAGCAGCAGGACACGCCACCACAGGGACAGAGUGACAGUGAAGAGGUUUUGCCUUUCAACCUGGAUGAGAACUUUGACUACGACAAUGUUGUGCUGUCUAGCAAACAUCUCCUACCACAGUUCAACACUGGUGUAUGACCUCUGUGCAGGGACCACUGUCUGGGAGAGCCUUGUGUCAUACCACAUCAAAUUACCCAACUUACCAUUUAACUGGACUAAUAAACCACUCCUGAAAACA